CGGCGCUCGGGACGCGCACAGACGAGCCCGGGGCCUGCAGCUGCCACCGCCGCCAGGUGGUGUUUGGACACUAGACCAUGUGCCUAGGUAGAAGUUUUUCCUUUCUCCACAACUCCACUACCCCAGCAACGCUCACCACGCCUUUGUUUUGAGAACCUCACUAAGCCCUUGUCAGCAACCAGCCAUGGGGGAUAUGAAAACCCCAGAUUUUGAUGACCUUCUGGCUGCCUUUGACAUCCCAGACCCCACAAGCCUUGACGCCAAGGAGGCCAUCCAGACGCCCAGUGAGGAGAAUGAGAGUCCCCUCAAACCUCCAGGCAUGUGUAUGGAUGAAAGUGUGUCUUUGUCUCACUCAGGAUCAGCCCCAGAUGUGCCGGCCGUGAGUGUCAUUGUUAAGAAUACCAGCCGCCAGGAGUCAUUUGAAGCUGAGAAAGACCACAUUGCUCCCAACCUCCUACACAAUGGAUUCCGGGGCUCAGACCUGCCUUCAGAUCCCCACAACUGUGGGAAGUUUGAUUCAACUUUCAUGAAUGGAGACAGUGCCAGGAGUUUCUCUGGCAAGCUAGAGCCUCCUAAGUCAGAGCCGUUACCCACCUUCAACCAGUUUAGUCCAAUCUCCAGCCCAGAACCUGAGGAUCCCAUCAAAGAUAAUGGGUUAGGGAUAACACCCAAGCAUUCUGACAGUUACUUCCCAGCCCCUUCCGGGUGUGGGGCUGUGGGGGGCCCAGUGUUGGAGGCUCUAGCUAAGUGUCCUGUUCCAGAACUGCACAUGUUUGAUCACUUUUGUAAGAAAGAGCCCAAGCCAGAGCCCCUGCCCCUGGGGAGCCAGCAGGAGUGUGGUGAGCAGGGCGCACAGGAGGCAGUGGAGUCUCACAAGGAACCACCUGCCAGCCGAUUCUUUGGGGAUGCUUUGGAGUUCAACAGCCACCCUAGCAACAGUGUCGGAGAGCCCAGUGGGCUUGCGCGGGAGCUUGGUACCUGCUCAUCAGUACCCCCUAGACAGCGUCUGAAGCCAGCUCAUUCCAAGCUGUCCUCUUGUGUGGCAGCAUUGGUGGCCCUACAGGCCAAAAGAGUGGCCAGUUUCACUAAGGAGGAUCAGGCUGACCACACAAAGGAUGCCUCAGGGCCCACUAAAGAGGGUUCUAAAGGCAGCCCCAAAAUGCCCAAGUCACCAAAGAGUCCCCGGAGCCCUCUGGAGGUCACUAGGAAAAGCAUCAAGCCCUCAGACAGCCCUCGGAGUGUCUGCAGUGACAGCAGCAGCAAAGGCUCCCCUUCUGUGGCUGCCAGCUCCCCACCAGCGAUUCCCAAAGUCAGAAUCAAAACCAUUAAGACAUCAUCAGGGGAAAUCAAACGGACUGUCACAAGGAUCCUACCAGACCCUGAUGAUCUGAGUAAAUCUCCUGUUGGGUCACCUCUAGGGAGUGCCAUUGCUGAGGCCCCCAGUGAGGCCCCCGGGGAUGAGGUGCCUGUGGAGGAGUCCCUUCCUGAGGCAGACACAUACACAAGGAGCCCUCAGAGUGACAGGAAAGGGGGUGAGGGCGUGACAAAGGCAAGUGACUCUUCGUCUCCCUGCCACAGCUCAGGGCCCCGGGUGCCAAAGGGGGGUGCCCCAGGCUCACAGUUGAAGAAGCAGCAGAACACAGCACUGCAGGCGUCCACCCUGGCCCCCACCACUCUCCUUCCCAAAGCUGUGCACCUGGCCAACCUGAACCUCGUCCCCCACAGUGUUGCUGCAUCAGUGACAGCCAAGUCCUCAGCACAGAGACGUAACCAGCCCCAGCUCACACAGAUGUCGGUGCCCCUGGUCCACCAAGUGAAGAAGGCUGCCCCACUGAUUGUAGAGGUCUUCAACAAGGUCCUCCAUAGCUCCAAUCCUGUGCCCCUCUAUGCACCAAACCUUAGCCCACCUGCAGACAGCAGGAUCCACGUGCCUGCCAGCGGGUACUGCUGCCUGGAGUGUGGAGACGCGUUUGCCUUGGAGAAGAGUUUGAACCAGCACUACAGCCGGCGGAGUGUCCACAUUGAGGUGCUGUGCACUCUGUGCUCCAAGACACUGCUCUUCUUCAACAAGUGCAGCCUGCUCCGGCACGCCCGCGACCACAAGAGCAAGGGGCUUGUCAUGCAGUGUUCUCAGCUGCUCAUGAAGCCUAUCUCUGCGGACCAAAUGUUCCUGUCAGCCCCUGUGAACUCCAUAGCACCAGCAGCCCCAGCCUCCUCGUCCUCUCCCAAACAUGGCCUCACUGCGGGCAGUGCCAGUCCCCCUCCAGCCCUGCCACUCUACCCUGACCCGGUGAGGCUCAUCCGGUAUGCAGUCAAGUGUCUGGAAUGUCACAAACAGAUGCGGGACUACAUGGUCCUGGCUGCACAUUUCCAGAGGACGACAGAAGAAACCGAGGGGCUGACCUGCCAGGUGUGCCAGAUGCUGCUGCCCAACCAGUGCAGUUUCUGUGCCCAUCAGCGGAUUCAUGCACACAAGUCCCCCUACUGCUGCCCGGAGUGUGGGGUCCUCUGUCGCUCUGCCUACUUCCAGACUCAUGUGAAGGAGAAUUGCCUGCACUAUGCCCGCAAGGUGGGCUACAGGUGUAUCCACUGUGGUGUCAUCCACCUGACCUUGGCCUUGCUGAAAAGCCACAUCCAGGAGCGACACUGCCAGGUUUUCCACAAAUGUGCAUUCUGUCCCAUGGCCUUCAAGACUGCCAGCAGCACCGCAGACCACAGUGCCAACCACCAUCCAACCCAGCCCCACAGACCCUCCCAGCUCAUUUAUAAGUGCUCCUGUGAAAUGGUCUUCAACAAGAAGAGGCACAUUCAGCAGCAUUUUUACCAGAAUGUCAGCAAGACGCAGGUGGGCGUCUUUAAGUGCCCUGAGUGUCCACUCUUAUUCGUGCAGAAGCCGGAGUUGAUGCAGCAUGUUAAGAGCACCCAUGGUGUUCCCCGGAACGUGGAUGAGCUGUCAAGCCUCCAGUCUUCAGCAGACACAUCCUCAAGCUGCCCUAGCUCUCGAAUUCCUGCCGAACCCCCUGCCGCCAGCAUGGCUGUUCGGAGCAGCUCCUUGCCCUCUGGCCGGUGGGGCAGGUCUGAAGUGCAUCGCAGGGCGGAAGCGAGGCCUCGGCUAAGGAGCACUGGCUGGACCUGCCAGGAGUGCCAGGAGUGGGUUCCUGAUCGGGAAAGCUACGUGUCCCACAUGAAAAAGAGCCAUGGUCGGACUCUGAAGCGCUACCCGUGUCGGCAAUGUGAGCAGUCCUUCCACACCCCCAGCAGCCUGCGCAAACACAUCCGCAAUAGCCACGAUGCAGUGAAGAAGGUCUACACCUGUGGGUAUUGCUCCGAGGACAGCCCCAGCUUUCCUCGGCCCUCACUCCUGGAGAGCCACAUCAGCCUUAUGCAUGGCAUCAGAAACCCUGAUUUGAGCCAGUCAUCCAAAGUCAGAUCUCCACGUGGAUAUUCCCCUCAGGUGAACCAUUUGAAAAGACCAGUCAGUGGCGUGGAGGACGCUCCAGGCACCGGCAGAGGCGCAACUGUCUCUUCCACCAAAAGGCACAAGUCCCUUUUCCAGUGUGCAAAAUGUAAUUUUGCCACAGAUUCGGGGCUCGAGUUUCAGAGCCACAUACCUCAGCACCAGGUGGACAGCUCCACAGCCCAGUGCCUCCUCUGUGGCUUGUGUUACACCUCUGCCAGCUCUCUCAGCCGCCACCUCUUCAUCGUCCACAAGGUGAGAGAGCAGGAGGAAGAGGCGGCAGCAGUGGAGGUGGCAGCAGAGGCUGCAGAGCCUGAGGAGGGCUCUGGGGAGGAGGUGUCCAUGGAGACUAGAGAGAACGGACUAGAAGAGUGCAGUGGCGAACCUUUGCUGACCGACCCAGAGGCAAGGAGGUCACUGGGCCCAGCCCCUGAAGAAGAUGGUGCCCAAGAUGCUCAGAGUCAACCACAGGCCUCCCAGGACCAGGACAGCCAUGCACUGUCCCCUCAGGUGUGACCAGAGGCUUUGCAGUGUGUGGUUUGGGUGGUGCCAUGGCAUCCUCCACCUGCUGUGCACACCAUGGGAAAUAAAAGGCUCUGCC